AGUUUAGGUAUUCGCCGUGGCGUAGCUUUCAUAAGUAUGUCGAUUAUGUCACCUGUUCUCCACCCAGAGAAAGUUCGAACAAACGUUGUCGCGUCGCCGUCGAUUUCCUGGACUGGUGUUGACAAAAACCUCCUUAAGAGGACAAUCGCACCGCCGCGGCAGGGGACACCAAGGUGGAAAAAAAUCCGCGGAUUUAACGAAGUUUCCAGUCGCGAAACUGUUCAGGAAAAGGGCCCCGUUUUUAUGUAACCACCAGUUCCUGCUCCCGAUCUGUCGUGACCCCGGGAAUGGUGCUGCCGUUCCAAAUCUCUGUCCGAUCGACUGCCAUGUUGAAAUCCGCGGUCUACGUAUCGUGAACAAUGUUAUGAACAUGAACAUGUUAAAUGGAAGAGACACGAUCAGCCACGGAGAUGAUUUAUGUCUAUCAAUUUAGAAUUCUGUGGACGACAAAUUACCAUUUUUCAUAGCACGCCGGUUUAGGAGUACACGACCACUUUUCACAAUGAUUAAUAUCGAAGUAGCAAUCCGAAUCUGGUAAUUGGAUGGAAUUAGCAAAAACCUGGAGACCUCGAAGAAGAAAAUCAUCGCAUAAUAGGAGAUUUCUCCAAUUAAGUCCGGGAUACCCAAUUAGUAACCGAUCGAUCAUUCGUUACAGGCGCACAAAUCAUAAUUGCGUCUAGACUGUGGCAAAUUUUUCGUUGUUUCAUUGUCGCAAUUAAAGCAAAAAUCAGGCUACAUUCGGCCCCGACGGACAACAAUGGUACCAGUCCGUCUGCAUUUCAAUUAAGAAACUUGAUCAGAACUGGCCAGAACACAUGUUCCGCAUGCACAUGCUCCCUAAGCUGAAACCAGACGAACGGAUCGUCGAUGGGCUAGUUGUUACGUGGUUCGGUCACCCCGUAAAUGGAAACUGUAUCGAGAACCCGUCAAUCGGGGGAAUUAGAAAAUGCUCUGGCGGAUCUGGGGCCGGGCAUACAUAACGCCAUCAGCAAUUUCCAUAGGGUGGCGGGUAUAAAAGAACGGCCCACCCCAUGGACCACACAGUGCAACUGUGAGCCAGAGCUUAACUAUGAAUCUUCUGUCGCUGCUAUUGUUGGUCGUCUUCGCGUUGGGAGCUUGUGCCACCGUGCCCGAGAAGCUGACGAGUAGCAACGAGGCUCCUGAACAGGCGGCGGCGGAGAAUAAGGCACAGGCGAACCCUCAGGAGGAGCUCGGCGAUAAGAAAGUCGCCAAGAGAAGUUAUGGGUGGGGGCCGUGGGGUUAUGGAGGAUAUAGCUACGGAUGGCCUUGGUACGGUUGGGGGCACGGAUGGUAUCCUGGAUGGUACCCCGGAUGGCCCCUGUUUUAUGGCGGCUAUGGUGGUGGAUACCAUAGUUACGGCCACGGUGGCUGGUACAAAGGAUGGUAGUUAGAAGAAGAUUGAGUCGUCAGCUUCAUAAAUAUAUACCACUAUUUCUCUGGUGCUUAAGAGUUUCUGCACUAAAUAAUUCUUGGAUUCACCGGAGCUCCUGGGUUUCGUUUAAACGGAAGGAGAUCGAAUAUCAUGCUACUAAGACUGAAUAUUAUACUAAACUGUGUGGUACUGCGAAAAGGUAUCGGAGCUUGGAGAUGUUAUCAUUGUUGAGCCUGAAUGAAAUAAAGUGAAGAGUAACUCAGAACGAUUGUUCGAUGUUUUCUCUGUGCGUUUUUCCGGCAUUUCGUUGCUUCGCACGCGGAGAAAGAAAUAACUAAUUAAUUUAUAUAUAUAUAUUAUAAUAAAUAUAUAUAUUAUUAUAUAUAUUAUAAUAAAUAAAUAAUUUUUGUACAUCUAGGCGCGAUUUUUGCGAUGAUUUGCGAUGGGUGGAAUAAAUAGUAAGAAGUAAAA